UAUGCCAAGAGGUAAGCACAAGCCGGGCGAGCCUCAUCACAUGGACAUACGGUGACGGGUCUCCUUUCAAAGUCUCCCAACUUUCCAACUCGUACAUCUUUGGUUUUUCUCGUCGAAAAGAGUUAAGUUUUCUUGACCAAUCACACGAAAAUGUUGGGCCUACUUUCCAGGACGUGGAUUCUACUUAUUUCUUUGGCUCUACUCGCCACUUUGGCUCCAACAGCACGAUCGCCUUUCGCCUAUGCCGAAGAAGAUGAACUAGAUAAUGACGACGACGUUGCCGACACCACAGCUGAUGAUGUUAGUGUAUCUGAAGAAGGAAGUAAAACCGAUGAUGAUGACACUGAUGAUGGCAAACUGAGUGCCUCACCUGAUGCUGAAACAACUAUUCUCUUCACGAAGCCUGCUGGUGCUGCUAGUUCAGAGCUGCCUGCUGGCCAGAUUGCUGAAUUCCUUGUUGGAUUUACCAACAAGGGAAACCAGGAUAUGGUCAUCGAGACUGUUGAAGCCGCUUUCCACUACCCAAUGGAUCACACUUUUGUGAUUCAGAACUUCUCAGCCAUUCAAUAUUUCAAAGUCGUCAAACCCCAGCAGCAGGCUACUGUAGCCUACUCUUUCAUCCCUGCUGAACCAUUUGCAGGAAGACCUUUUGGUCUCUCAAUCAACCUUGCCUACAGAGACACUGAGGGCCGCACUUACAGUGAAGCCGUUUUCAACGAAACCAUCAACAUUGUCGAAGUUGACGAGGGUUUGGAUGGCGAGACAUUCUUCUUGUAUCUGUUCUUGGCCGCCGGUGUAGUAUUGCUCCUUGUGCUCGGCCAGCAAGCUCUUGCAUCAAUGGGUAAACGCCGCGGUGGUGGUUCAAGGUUGGAGACAGGAACGGCGCGCAACACUGGUUCCGUUUCCGACGAUGGUAUUGACUACGACUGGUUGCCACAGUCUACUAUCAAUGAACUUAAUAAAAGCCCGAAGGGUAGUCCACGCCGCAGCCCCCGUCUGCGAAAGACCAAGGCUGGUUCAAGUUCUGAUUGAGCGAAGAGAGGAAAGAGAAUUAAAAUAUCUCGAGAAAACAACAGAUGCAUACAUUUCCAUGAGGAAAAUAAAGUUGUUAAAAAGUGUGCUAA